AUGGCAGUGUCUCCCACCACUUGUUUUGGUCCAAGGGCAGAAAUGAGCAUCCUGGAAACCAAUCAGUACUUGCACUCUGAACUGGAAAAGUGCAAAGAGAAUUUUCGAGACCUCACAGAGAAACUCCUGACAUCCAAAGCUACUGUUUACUCCCUGGCCAAUCACCUGCAGAAAUACAAGUGUGAAGAGUGCAAAGAUCUUAUAGAAUCUGUGCUGGAGGAGGAGCUGCAGUUUCAGGAGAGGGAGCUGGCUGAAUUGCCAAGGCCAGCUGCAAGGCUUCGGAUACAUGAUCCCUUAAUUCAGGCUCAGGCUGAAGAACUGACCCACUUAAGACAGAAGAUACAGGAAGGGAGAGGUGUCUGCUACCUUUUCACCCAACAUGUGAAGAACACAGUCAAGUCUUUUGAGGGCCUUCUCAGGAACACUGGCAUUGCCUACUACCAGAGACAGAGAUUCUGUGAGCAAAUGGUGCAAGGAAGACAGCUGACAGAGACCCUUGUCAGAAAACUUGCCACAGUGAUCAGCAUCUUCAUUUCCCAUCUCAUUCCAUGUCCUGGUGGAAUAGCUGCAGAAUAUGAGAUCCAGAGCCAGUGGCAGCACCUGAAGGAGACCCUUUUCAUCAACAACUGCCUGCGAGAAAAGCUGGAAUGUCAUCUCAGCAGCUUUCAUGAAGAAAAUGAGGAUGCACCUCUAACCUCUACAGGCAAAUCACAGAUUCCGUUUUCCAGCUGUAUAAUGAAAACAGAGUUCUCAGAGAAUACCGGAGACUCCCCCGACUUGCCUGAAUCAAAUUUCCAGAGGUAA